UCACCUGGCAUCGCUUUGACGAGACACGCGCUGCACAAGCACCACACACAGCACACAAAGUCUCUUUCUGUUCUGUGCAUCAAGUGGGUCAAAGUGAUCAGGUGAGCUCUCCGUGUGCUUACUUACAGUCGUUUUCGGUUUGCACUGCACCAUCCCGUUGAGUGUGUGUUUGGUCACGGUGCGGCCUUCUUGGAAUGGCCAGUCUUCCAGUAAUGGCCGGCUCCGACGACCUGAAGAUGCACACGUUGAUCGAUUCGAUGUGCCGUGUUGUGAUUUUGCCUGUGCAUCCCUCCCAGCGCUCACAUCAAAAGGAGACCUUCACGUAUUGGCCUGGACGCCUGGGUGUGUCGGCUUCACCAUGCGGUAGAGCGUAUCUUGCCUCAGGGAACCGACUCACGUGGCCGUCAACAACAUCACGACUCGCAUUGACCGCUGGGCACAU